AUGCAGCAUGUGAUCAAAAUCUUCACGGAGUCAUCAAAUCCUCUCGACAACACUAAGAGGGAGCUCGACAGGAUGAUCCGGAUGGAGUGGGCCCUGGAGCAAUUGGAAGCAACCAGCGGCGUGAAGGGCCGCAUGGCCAAGGUCGUCUGGUGGACCGAGGACAUGUACCUUCCCAUGAAGGGGGAUGGAGCAAACGACCACUACCCAGCAAUCGUGAUGGACUACAUGGGCGGAAAAACGCUGGAUUACCACUUGGCACUAUCAUCCGACGCGGUCAAGCAAAAGUACUUCGUCAAGUGCUUGGACCAACUGGUGCGAUUCGAAAGAGCCGGAAUCUUGCAGACGGACAUGAAGAGAAGAAAUGUGGUGGUCAGCGACGAGGACGACCUCACCAUCAUCGACUACGGCUCCUGCCAGCUGCAACCAGAGGAUGGACGCUAUGAGCACUCCAAGCUAUACACACACGAAUACCAGGACACGAUCGAUAUCACGGAGAGGCAGAACUAUUACACAGGGCUCGGCUACACGGAUGGCAAGAUGAACGGCGAGUCUAGCGCUCUCUUUGCGACGGCCGUGACGAUCUGCAAGAGGGGGACCAAGCGCAACGAAGGAGUGCAGCCGCCUGCCACCAUGACGCCAGGAGUGCAAACAUGGUGCUACAACGUGAUGAGGAACAAGCAAGCCGACCGGUGGGGUUCGGCCGACCUGCUCCGGGACACGGGGAUUCAGGAGGCCGCUAAGGAGCAUGGCGUCACUCUCCCGCCGAUACUGGGCGACGAGGGUGUUCGGCUUGGCGGGGAGAGCGCGGACGACAUGCGCGCUCGGGCUGGUGAGCUGAAGCGCGAGGCGACGACCAUUUCGAACAACGUAGGCGCCAAGAACGAGGAGCUAGCGGCCAUGUUCAAGGCCGCGUGGACACUGCGGAAGGAGAUUGACGGCUUGGCAGCCAAGGCACGUCUAAAACAGAAGGAUUCCGAGCGGCUGAGCCUGUUGGUGAAGGAGGUCAAGGAGGAGGAAGAAGCGGCGGCGGCGGCGGCAGCGGCGGCAGCGGCGGCAGAGGAAGAAGCGCUCGUCCACUCGGCGGCGGUGGCGGCAGCCUAUGCGGAGGUAGAAGCGCUCACCCGAUCGGCGGCGGAGGCGGCGGCGGCAGCCUAUGCGGAGGAAGAAGCGCUCGCCCAGUCAACGGCGGCGGCGGCGGCAGCCUAUGCGGAGGUAGAAGCGCUCACCCAAUCGGCGGCUGCGGCUGCAGCUUCGGCUGCCGCGGCCGCACUGAAGCAAGCUACCGCCCUUUCGAACGAAGGCGGGGGCUCUUCGGCGGGCAUGACGCCACCAGGAAGCGUCGUAAUGUCACGCAAGAGGGAACGCGACGGCGGGGGCGUGGAGGAGUCGAAGGGGUGCGAGCCGCCGUCUGCCGCACGGGCGCAGGCUGCGGCCCCUUCGAACGAGGGGGGGGGCUCUUCAGCGGGCAUCACUUCAUCGGGAAGCGUGGGAAUGUCGCGCAAGAGGGAACGUGGGGGCGCGGGCGUGGAGGAGUCCAAGGAGUGCGAGCCGGCGUCCAAGCGCUCCGCUCCAGGGGGCUGCCACGGCCGGGGAGAGGGCACGGGUUCGGGUAGCGGUGCCGGUAUCGCCGCGGCCGCUUCAACCUCCACCGGCAGCGCGUCACGUUCGGUCGAGGAGGAGAUGGUGGAGAGCAGCGGCGGUGGAGUGGCAGGCACCACGGGAGGCGAGAGCUCGGGUGGAGGGGGCUCCGCAGUCGGAGAGGUUGUCGCCCCCGUGGCGGUGCCGGUGGUGAUGCCGGUGCCGGUCAUGGCGCCGGGGGGCGUGUCGGAGCCGGCCCGCCGGGAGAUGCGGGCGAGCACCAAGCGGAAGACGGAGCAGAGUCGCGAGGCGGCGGCGAAGAAGGCACGCAAGCAAGGCCUCAAGACCCGCAGCCAGAAGCGGAAGGCCGAGGGGGGGGAGGAGAAGGGGGGCGCGGCGGCGGGACCACACGCCGGGGGCUCGAAGCGGCGCAGAACCUGA